UUAAUCCAGAAUUAUUCCUCAUUAUUCCACAGAACAACUGAUGUUGCUUAGAUAAUGAGACUACUGCUGCUGAUGGAUAAUAUUUAUUAAUUAAACGCAGAAAUAUUAUAUUUACACAAACUACAACAUUAAUUAUUAUAGUUUUUGUUUGAAAUAUUCAUUAAAGAAAUCUGUCUUUGCUAUGAUGCGCAUGUCCGGAAAUUGUGGUUGACAGGUUCCAGUGGUAAUUUUAGGUUCCAGAAUGUCUUCUUGUGUCAUGAAACCUAAACAGAGAAAUAUGAAAGAAAAACAAAUACGUGAUUGAUAGCAGAUUAAUUAUAUUUGGAUAUUACAGUUUUAGCAAUGUGUGCAGCUCCUGUUGAAAUAUUACGAAGAAAUCCUCAAGAAGAUUUCGAACUUAUUCAGCGCGUCGGAAGUGGAACGUACGGUGAUGUUUAUAAGGCUCGAAACCUGAGCUCAGGAGAUCUUGCUGCAAUAAAGGUUAUAAAACUUGAGCCUGGAGAUGAUUUUGCUGUUAUUCAGCAAGAGAUAGUGAUGAUGAAAGACUGUAAGCAUGCUAACAUAGUAGCCUACUUUGGUAGUUAUCUCAGGCGAGAUAAAUUAUGGAUUGCUAUGGAAUACUGUGGUGGAGGGUCUAUGCAGGAUAUUUAUCACAUUACAGGUCCUCUUAGUGAAACACAAAUUGCUUUUGUGUGCAAAGAGACACUGCAAGGCCUAGAAUACUUACAUAGCCGAGGGAAAAUGCACAGAGAUAUUAAGGGUGCUAAUAUCUUGCUUACAGAAGAUGGAGAUAUCAAAUUAGCUGAUUUUGGUGUUUCUGCUCAAAUAACAGUUACUAUGUGUAAACGAAAGUCUUUCAUUGGCACUCCAUAUUGGAUGGCACCAGAAGUGGCUGCAGUUGAAAGGAAAGGGGGGUAUAAUCAACAGUGUGAUAUAUGGGCCGUUGGUAUCACAGCCAUAGAAUUAGCUGAGCUUCAACCACCUAUGUUUGAUCUACACCCUAUGAGAGCUUUAUUUCUGAUGUCAAAGAGUGGUUUUAAGCCACCACAACUAAAAGAUAAAAACAAAUGGUCACCUCUUCUACAUAAUUUUAUAAAAGUUGCAUUAACAAAAAACCCAAAAAAACGGCCUACCGCUGACAGACUAUUAGAGCAUCCCUUUUUACACCAAAAUUAUUUAUCCAGAAAAUGUACGAAAGAACUUUUAGAAAAAGCCCGUAAUCCACAACAUCAUUUUAGUGAUCUUACUGAAGUAGAUGAUGAAGGAUUUCUACAGAAUGUGCCUCAGAGAAUAUCCUCAGAAAAUACUAGUCGUGCUCCUAAAAACAGAAAUAGUCUAGAAAUUACAAUUGGUCCAUUAUUAAGAGAUUCUCAAACAGAAAGGGAAGAUCAAUAUGAUACUGCAAGACCAUGGCCAGAAUAUGGUGAUGUCAAAAAGACAUUACUAGAGUCUGUAAACGAGGAACUGAUGCACAGGGGGCACCGCAGUAGCUUAAUAAUGACCCAAGAAGAUGUACCAAUUUCAGAACAGCCAACUUUACUUGCGAAAUCUGAUGCCAAGCCUUCUGUGAGUAUAUCUGAUGGAGAAGAGAAGCAUGAAGAAGAAACAGCAUGUAACGAUGAGGAAUUUGAGAAUGACGAAGGUCCUGAUGUUGAAGGUUUGAUAGAUCGUAUGGUAACCCUUUGUCCAAGAGCAAAACGACCUACUGAGAUGCAAAAAGAUAACCCUCCAGAACUUCCACCGAAAAAAAAGCAUCACCAACAACAAAAUGGAGAAAUUCAACAUAAUACAGAAAAUGGAAGUCCAUUUUCACAAGAAGAAAAACCACCCAUGCUACCUCCGAAGCGACGGGAGAAGAAGGAAGCUACUAAAAACCGACCCGUCAGUAAUGGGCUUCCACCAACUCCAAAAGUUCAUAUGGGUGCCUGUUUUUCCAAAGUCUUUAAUGGCUGUCCACUUCACAUAAUUUGUACUGCCAGCUGGGUUCAUCCAGAUACAAGAGAUCAGUACAUACUAAUAGGAGCAAACGAGGGAUUAUACACCCUUAAUCUAAAUGAGUUACAUGAGUCGUCUCUUGAAUUACUGCAUGCCCGAAGAUGCAUCUGGUUAUAUGUAAUUAAAGAUGUGCUUAUGUCAAUAUCAAGUAAAACUCCUCAUCUUUAUCGGCAUGAUUUAUUAAUGCUACACAGUAAACAAACAAAUAGGUUUUCUCUUCCAAUGAAUAAGAUUCCAGAACGAUUGGUUCCUAGAAAAUUUGCUACAACAACCAAAGUUCCUGACAGUAGAGGCUGUAUGAAAUGCUGUGUGGGAAGAAACCCUUACAAUGGUUACAAAUAUCUAUGUGGGGCUCUGUCCACAGGGAUUAUUCUUAUGCAGUGGUAUGAACCUUUGAAUAAAUAUAUGUUACUUAAGACUUUUGAAUGUGAUUCAAUGCCGACGCACCUUGAUGUAUUUGAGAUGUUCAUAUCUCCAGAAUUAGAAUAUCCAAUGAUUUGUAUUGGAGUAAGAAAAGGAACAGAGAAGAAUCAUGUCAAAUUUGAUAUAAUCAAUUUGAAUUCUUCCUCAAACUGGUUUACUGGGAAUUUUUCAGGGGAGACUUUACCUGUGGUGAAUGUUACCCAGUUGGAGAAGGAAUCAAUUCUAGUUUGCUAUGAUAAAUAUGUCAAGGUUGUGAAUAUGACUGGGAAAUUAAAAGCUAGUCGGCGGCGAGCAGCUGAACUGCAUUUUGACUUUCCUGUGGAAUCUUUAAUUUGUUUGCAGGAUAGUGUUCUUGCAUUUCACAAACAUGGCAUGCAAGGUAGGAGUUUCAAGGCUAAUGAGGUAACUCAAGAGAUAUGUGACAAAACCAGAAUAUUUAAAUUGCUGGGUUCUGAUAGAGUAAUUAUAUUAGAAAGUCGACCAACUGACCAGCCUGACUCAGUGUCCAAUCUUUAUGUGCUGGCUGGCCAUGAGAACACCUAUUAGAGGCUAUUGCUACUAAUCUACUAUCUCCUGUAUCUACCCCACUACUCACACCACUGCCUACCUGCCAUUGAGUAAUGUUGAAGAAAAGAGAAAUUAAUUUGGUCAUUUUCAUUAUUUUAAUCUGAAAAAAAAUAAAGGAUUAUUUCCAAUAUUCA